AUGGUGGUAAUUGUUGUUUGCUUUAUUAAAGGUGAAUCGUUUCUAGCAGCCUCAUCAAACGAAGUAACUGGAGCAGGGAUUGCAGUCGGGAUUGUGACUGGAAUUGCUAUCGCUUCUGUGGCAGCGACUGUCUUUGUUAUUUUGUGGAGACGAGGCUAUGUGUGUGCAUCUUCAAAAUCAGAUGGGCAGAAACCAGAAGGUAAUGUACAUCAACAAGCACAACUAGAAGACAGAAGAAGUGGAAAAAAUCAAGAACUCGGUAAUUCUGAUGACCAGAUAAACACGUACGAGGGACUUGGAACUCGAGACGAUACGCCGUAUGCAAAAAUGGAACUUUAUGAAAAUCUCAAAACAUGAGAAACCAUUAUGGUAAUAUACGUCACAGAAUUAUGUUGCACGAGGUACAUUUAACACUGAAGAAUUCAAAUGGAUUCUGUUGGACUUUCCGAGGCGAAGUCACGAUAUGCGUAAUGCUACACUACUUACUGAACUGAUAU